AUGGGGAGCAACCUAGCGCGGCUGCUGGGGAACCUCAAGUCGAAGCUCAAGGCGAUGCGGCCGAAGAAGCCCUACGACAAGGUGGAGAAGAGCGACAGCAUGAGAAUGGAGAUCCGCAGCCGGAGGGCGCGGAAGCUCAUCGCGGAGACUCUCAAGAUCGCCGACUCCCCCGGCCACAGGAACUUCGCCCUCUGA